CCGUGCCGGCCCGGCCGUGCCCGCGGCCGCCGAGGAGCGAACGCCUGUGGGGCCGGGCUCUGCGGGUCGGAUGUGCCGCGGGACGGCGAUGGAGCUUGAGCUCCGCGCGUUUGGUGCAGGGCAGCGUGGGGCGGGACCGCGGGAGCCCGGGGAGGGGAGAGCGCUCGGUACCGGGCGGUGCCCGGCGUGUGCUUGGGCGGUGCGUUCCCGAGGCUCACGGCGGCCUGUGUUUGCCCCGCACAGGUCCCCGCAUGCCGCUGCUCCGCCCGCCUCUCCUCCGCGUCCGUGCCGUGCGCCGCCCGCCUGUACGCGCCCUCAUGAACCUCCGGGAGCUCGUUUCUGCCCUGAAUGACUUCGCAUCCCCCGCUCUGGCUGAAAGCUGGGACAAUGUGGGAUUACUGGUGGAACCAAGUCCUCCCCACACUGUGAACACCCUUUUCCUCACUAACGACCUCACUGAGGAGGUGAUGGAAGAGGCAGUGCAGAAGAAAGCAGACCUCGUUCUUUCUUACCACCCUCCUAUAUUCGCACCGCUCAAGCGAGUAACGUGGAAAACCUGGAAGGAACGGCUGGUGGUCCGAGCCUUGGAGAACAGAAUCGGGAUUUAUUCUCCACAUACGGCGUACGAUGCCAUACCUCAUGGAGUUAAUAACUGGCUAACAAAGGGACUCGGCACCUGUACUUCUGUCCCACUACAUCCAUCAACUGCACCAAGCUCUCCAGCUGAGGGCACUCACCGGGUAGAAUUCUGUGCAGAUGCUGAGCAUCUGGAUGCAGUGCUGUCCAAAAUCAAAGACAUCCCAGAGAUCUCUUGUCUCACUACUCUCCCAGUCAGGGUUGAAGGUGAGGAACAAACACGAGUCAGUCUGAACUGCUCUCAGAAAGCACUGCUGGAGGUGGUGGCAUUAUUGUCCCAGAACAGCCUUCUUUAUCACAAGACUGAGAUUCUCUUACUACAGAAGCCUCUUCUUCCCCACACUGGGAUGGGACGCCUGUGCACCCUGAGCGAGCCGGUCUCCUUGUCGGACACCAUCGAGCGUAUCAAAGGGCACCUGCAGCUCCCCCACGUCCGCGUGGCCGUGGGAGCGGGCAGGACACUUGAAUCACCAGUGAAGAAAGUUGCUCUGUGUGCUGGUUCUGGGAGCAGUGUCCUGAAGGGAACAGAAGCUGACCUCUAUCUCACAGGAGAGAUGUCCCACCAUGACGUGCUGGAUGCAGUUGCCAAUGGGAUAAGUGUUAUUCUGUGUGAGCACAGUAACACCGAGCGAGGCUUCCUGUCAGAGCUGCGUGAUGCACUCGCCAUCCACCUACAGAACAAAGUCAACAUCAUUGUGUCUGAGAAAGACAGAGAUCCUCUCCAGGUGGCAUAGGGGGAAAAACUGGAGAGAGAGAGAAAAUUCAGUCAAUAGUGUUACCUUGCACAGACCUAUCCAGUUGCGGAGCUAAUGAAGGUGCUUUCAGUUGGUCCAGUACAGAAUGCUUGUACUAUAUGGUCCCUCAAAGUCUGGGGUAUAUUUUGUCAUGUCAGAAAAAUAAAUGUUUGUUUUGGAAUACCAAAGGUUCAUUUACUUGAUUACUGGACUGUACUUGAAAAAAUUUACUGUUACUGCUUAAUGUUAUUAGUUACAGUUGAUGACCAUGAUACUCCAGGAUUGAUUUGGGUAAAAUAUAUAAAACCUGACUUACCUCCAGAUUUAAGCUUAGGCAGCAGUUCUACCCUACUACAGUUAUGUCAAAUCAUGUCAGUGCAAGCCACUGAUACUUUACCUAAUAAAUUUCAGAAAUAGUAGUUAAUGAAUGGAUGGAGAUUAACAGUUGUACUAAGGCGCCACUCAGCUGCAAAUAAACACAGAACACAAAGCAAGUUGUUGGUACUAGUAUUCAAUUACACAAUCUACCACUAAUGCAGCUUUAAGGAUUUUCAAAAGAGGGAUUCUCAAUUCAAAAAAGCUUUGUAAGGUUGAAACUCAAUUCCUUAAAGCUGUAAAUUCAUGUGCCUUUGUUAUUUUCUUUUAAAUAACAGUUUCUGUAACUGUGGCUUUUAAUUACAGGAUUACUAAAACUGAACAAGUAGUAUUUUCACCACUGAUAAUGAGUUUAAUUUUCCAAGCUAGUUUUUUUCUGUUGGGAUUUUUUUUUAAGAAAAAAUAAAUCUCACAGUUGUAUACCCUACCAUCUCUGGAUGGUAAAUAUAUUUAAUUAGAAAUUUGUAAAGAUGUUAGCUCUAUCCUUUUAAGUUAAUAAAAGCAGCUCAUCAAGCAA